AUGACUAGUUUACCAUUAUUAAUUGAUUUAAUAAUAACUGAUGGAGAAAUUGAUCAAAUGGGUUCAGGAAUGUGGAAUAUGGAAAAAAUAGUAAAAGCUAUACCGAAUAUAUCUCAAUCUAAUAUGCAAACAAUUGUCAUGAAUAAUAUUCAAAUGUCACGUCGAACAAUUGUUCAAUUAUGUUUAAUGACUCAACAAUUAAUAUCAUUAACAAUAAAUGAUGUACGAAUAUUAGAUAAAAUGAUUAUUUUAGAACAAAAUCAAACUGAUAUUCGUUCAAGUUUUCUUGUUCUUUUAAAACAAAUUGCUCAAUAUACAGAUCAAUUUAAAUGGAAUCACAUGAAAUCUUUGACAAUAGGAAAAAAUAUGAUUAAUCGUCAAAAUCUUUUGUCAUUUAUUCCAUCAGAUAUAAAUAAUACUUAUUCAAUAAAUAUAAAUCAUUUGCGUAUUAUUAUUCAUGAUCAUACAUUAUUAGAAUCUCACGAUAUAUUUCGAAAAUCUAUAAAAAAACUAAUAAAACUUUAUUCACAAUUAACAUCAUUUAUUAUUGAAUUUACAAAACGAUAUGAAGGAAAUUUUCGUUUAAGAAAUCAAUUACAAACAUUAUUUGAAUUAAAUACAAAUAAAAAAAUUUAUGUUUAUCCAACUAUACAUGAUCAUGCUUGUCGUUUUUGUUUUGAUACAAAUUUUAGUAAUGAACAGAAUGAAGGUCAUGAUGAUGAUGAUGAUGAUCAAAUUAAUUCUAGUCAACAUAAUCGAACUUUUUGUGGCAUACCAUUAUAUCAAUUUAGAAAACAACGAAAAUCAAAUGUUAUUUCAUAA